AUGAGGCUCUGUGCCUGGCCUAUAGGUCAAGGUCUCCUGCCCGCCCUGGUUCUUCUGACUGUGCACCAGAUCAAAGCCGAGCAGAACCAAUCCACAGAGAGACACUACUACAUUGCUGCUGUUGAGAUAGACUGGAAUUACUCUGACAAUGACACACACGGGUCUGCUACCACCUACAAGAAAGUGGUCUUUCGGGAGUACGAGAAAGACUUCAGACAGGCUAAGGCUCAUCCGUCCUGGCUAGGUCUGCUGGGACCCACGCUGAGGGCAGAGGAGGGCGACACGAUUGUCGUCACAUUCAGAAACAUGGCGAGUGGACCACACAGCAUCCACCCACACGGCGUCGCUUACAGGAAACAGUCUGAGGGAGCCAACUACUUUGACAACACAUCAAUGAAAGAGAAGGAGGAUGACCUUGUGGAGCCGAACAGUGAACAUGUUUACUACUGGGAGGUGACACCAAAUGUUUCUCCACAACCCAACGACCCCACCUGUCUCACCUACACCUACAUCUCCCACCAAAAAGUUGUUGAGGACUACAACUCAGGCCUCAUUGGGACUUUGCUCAUCUGCAAAUCUGGCAGCCUGGAUAAGUCAGGGAAGCAGACUGGCUUCAACCAGGAGUAUAUAUUCCUCUUUGGGGUUUUUGAUGAGAAAGAGAGCAAGUACAAACCAACAGGCCAUGCCUCAGACAACCAUGUCAAAUACACCAUCAACGGAUACACAAAGGGAUCACUACCUGAUGUCAGGAUGUGUGCCUACACCUCUGUGAGCCUACACCUGGUAGGUAUGAGCUCAGAGCCUGAGGUGUUCUCUGUGCAUAUGAAUGCACAGGUUCUGCAGCAGACCGGCCAUAAAGUGUCAUCAGUGGGGCUGAUCAGUGGCUCCUCCACCACAGCCAGUAUAAUGCCUCUCUAUAAGGGCCGCUGGCUGCUCUCCUCACACAUUCUCAAGCACAUGGAGGCUGGCAUGCAUGGUUUUGUGGAUGUCAUGAAGUGUGACGGCUUCGAAGCACCACAGCGACGGAUGACUAUUGAGCAAAAGAGACACAGUAGGGAGUGGAAAUAUUACAUAGCUGCUGAGGAAAUCAUCUGGGACUACGCACCUAACAUGCAUGAGCACAUUGACGAAGACUUCAGGUUCCAAUACCUGCGACAGUCACCAACACGCAUAGGUCACAAGUACAAGAAGGCCGUGUACACUCUGUACAAGAAUGAGUCAUUUACUGAAAGGCUGGAGAACAAGCAGAAAAAGAGUGAGCUGGGGAUCCUGGGCCCCGUGAUCAGAGCACAAAUCAGAGACGUUAUCAAGAUUGUUUUCAAGAACAUGGCCUCCAGGCCCUACAGUAUCUAUCCACAUGGUCUGAACAUAGAGAAGUCAGACGAGGGCGUCAACUACCCAGAAGGAGGCAAUCAGUCUCACGGUGUUCAGCCAGGUGAGACAUACACCUAUGUGUGGAAAGUGGUCGAAGAGAAUGAGCCUUUAGACGACGACCCCCGAUGUCUGACACGAAUGUACCAUAGUGCAGUGGACACACCCCGUGACAUUGCCUCAGGACUGAUUGGACCACUCCUCAUCUGCAAGAGUCAGUCCCUCAAUGUCCGCAACGUGCAGCUGAAAGCAGACAAGGAGCAACACGCCGUGUUUGCUGUGUUCGAUGAAAACAAGAGCUGGUACCUGGAUUAUAACAUUCGCCAGUACUGUGAUCGAUCCAAAGUCAACAAGGCAGACCCAGACUUUUACAAGUCCAAUGUCAUGCACACAAUUAAUGGAUAUGCGUUUGAGAGCGGCCCACUUCUGGGCUUCUGCAAUGGUGAAGCUGUGACAUGGCACGUGUCAAGCAUCGGGGAACAGGACUACAUCCAGACAGCUACAUUUUAUGGUCAUACAUUUGAGCUGAACGAGCGGACAGAGGACUUCCUCAGCCUGUACCCGAUGACCGGAGAAACCAUCACUAUGGUCAUGAGCAACAUUGGUGUCUGGCUCCUGGCUUCCCUGACUUCUCAUGAGACAACCAAAGGAAUGCGCGUUAAGUUUCAGGAUGUCGAGUGCUAUCGCGACUACCAGUAUGAGUACAGUGACUAUGAAAAUGCAGCAGCAAACAAGGAAUUUACUGAGUGGAAGCCUCCAGCCCUGCCUGAUAUCAUCAUGGAGGAGAAGGAGCCACAGUCUGCGAAAGAAAACACAUUGGAAAUAGAUGAUUACACCGAAAAGAUUGCAAUUGAGGUCGGUUUCAGGACACUGAAGGACCAAGCUACUGGCUCAGAUGCAGAGCAGCUGGACCUCUCUUUCCUCAACUAUGAUCCUAUUGAUGUGCCUGAUGGAGAUAUGAAUAUCACCCUUAACUUCACUAAGACAAAAACAGAGGACUCGGAGGAAAGAUUCACCGGAGGGCAUGUGUUCUAUGUCCCUGUAUCUAAUUCCAGCACCAACAGUCUCCACAGUACACAAUGGGCCAAUGUGUCUGUUUCCACUCUGCCACAAAGGGAAGACGAAAAUAACACAGCAACUAACCAGGCUAACGUGUCUACAGAUGCAACAGACCAUUCAUUUUCUACUCCAGCAGCUGAUAUUAGAGACGUUAACACCAGCAGCACAGACACACACAACUUAACCAUCUCUGAGCUGGAGAUCACAGGCAACAAAACCAAAGGCAGUGACUCUCUGAUGGCUGUAGCCGAGCAGGAGAAUGGGCUGCAAGUGGAUCCCUCUCAGAGUCUGACUAAUCUAGCCGGUUCCAGGUGUGAAAGUGUAACACAUGUUUUGCUUGAGCCCUUACACAAUGUCACAGUGAAUACAUCCAGAUCAGAGUUAUCAGGAGAGAGUAGUUCUGAGAGUAGGGAGAAUGUCACAGCUCUUCUUGUCAAGUUGAACCACACAUUUUCCAUGGAACGUUCCACCCAUGAAUCUAAGGCUUUAGGUAAUGUGUCCCUCUCCAGCGGUGGUGUAAAGAGCAGCAGCUCUGAGGAGCUCAGCACUUCAGACAGUAGUGAAGAAGUGUUUAUCUACCUUAAAGAGAAUAAUACAGAGGCCAUUAAAACCACCUCUGUCAAAAUGCAGGGCCACAACUGGACUUAUGUGGGAGUCCACCAGAAGGUGCCCAUGGAGAUUCCUGACCACAUGAAGAAAUAUUUUGAGAAAGAGACCCCAACACCAACUCCAAAGAAGGUCAAGACGGUGACCCUCCGACAGUGGCCCGAGAAGGGCCAGGGCAUGAAGACAAAGAGGAAGAAGAAGUACAAGCCUCAGGCCAGGAGUGGUUUGCCAUUUUCACCUCGCGGAUUCAAUCCAGGCAUGACCCUGCAUGGGUCACGACCCAGUGUGCCAAAACCAGUCUCUGAUGAGGAGCAGCUCAUUAAUAUGCCCAUAGUCAUCGGUGUGCCUCGGCCCGACUUUAGCAACUAUGAGCUUUAUGUUCCUGGGGCCAAACCACAGCAUCUAGGCCUGGACGAGCCAGAUAUGAAAGCAGAUGAAUAUGAGUAUGUGGCCUACAAAGACCCCUACAUUGGCCAUGAGGACAUCAAGCAUCUCAGCCUGGAUGAGACCACCAAACACUACUUAAAAUUCUCAAGCCCGAAUCUAAAGACUUAUUUCAUAGCUGCAAAGGAGGUUGAGUGGAACUACAGUGGCUACAAAGAUGGGAGGCAAGAUAAGAAACUCAGCAGGGAAACCACGUUCACCAAGGUGGUGUUCCGGGCUUACAUGGACAGUAGCUUCAGCACGCCCGACAUCCGUGGAGAGAUCGGUGAGCAUUUAGGCAUCCUGGGACCCAUGAUCAAGGUGGAGGUCGGACAAAGCAUCAUGGUGGUGUUCAGGAACAACGCCAACCGUCCCUACUCCAUACAUCCAAAUGGGGUUUCCUAUACCAAGCAGACAGAGGGCCUCUCCUAUGAGGACGGCUCCAAGUACUGGUAUAAAUAUGACAAUGAGGUUCAACCCAACACCACCUUCACAUAUUUAUGGAGGGUCCACUCAAUGGUUGGGCCACAGCCGGAUGAGUCCGACUGUCGGACCUGGGCGUACUACUCAGGAGUUAAUCCUGAAAGGGACAUCCACUCUGGCCUGAUCGGGCCUUUGCUGGUGUGUAAAGAGGGCACCCUGGACAGACCAAUAAAAGACACGAGGGACUUCACGCUGCUUUUCAUGACCUUUGAUGAAUCGCAGAGCUGGUACUAUGAGAAGAACCGUGAGACAAUGGAGAGGAAGAACCGAAGGAGCGUUAUGGACCGCAACUUCAAGGAGAACCUCAAGUUCCAUUCCAUCAAUGGCAUUAUAUACAACCUGAGGGGCCUGAGAAUGUACACCAACCAGCUCAUGUCCUGGCAUUUGAUCAACAUGGGCUCCCCCAAAGAUUUUCACAGCAUCCACUUUCACGGGCAGACGUUCCUCCAGAUGAAGACCACCAGCUACAGACAGGCUGUCUACCCACUGCUGCCUGGGGGAUUUGCUACUCUGGAAAUGUAUCCAUCCAAACCCGGCCUGUGGCAGCUGGAGACAGAAGUUGGUUUCAACCAAGAGAAGGGCAUGCAGACCCUCUUCCUGGUUGUAGAUAAUGACUGCUACCAUCCGCUGGGUCUGGUUUCAGGCAACGUGCGGGAUGACCAGAUCACAGCAAUCAACACGAGAAGAUACUGGGAGCCCCAUCUGGCCAGACUGGACAACAAGGGUAAAUACAACGCAUGGAGCACAGAGCAGAACAACAGUUGGAUUCAGGUGGACUUCCAGAGAUCAGUGGUGAUCAGCCAGGUGGCCACACAGGGGGCCAAGCAGAUGUUACAGCCCCAGUAUGUGGUCAAGUACUCGAUCUCUUACAGCACAGACCGCCGGAAGUGGAUUUUCUAUAAGGGCGACAGCAGGGAGUUCAGAAAGGCAUUCGCUGGGAACCAGGAAGCCUAUGAGACAAAGAAAAACACCUUCUUUCCUCCUUUGAUUGGACGCUUCAUAAGGCUCCACCCUAUCGAGUGGUACAAUAAGGCCACAGUCCGCAUGGAGUUCUACGGCUGUGAGCUCGAUGGCUGCUCGGUCCCUCUGGGGAUGGAGAGUGGACUGAUAGAAGACCACCAAAUCACUGCCAGCUCCUCGGCCUCCAGCUGGUAUGGGGGCCCUUGGAAGCCCCACCUCGCACGCCUCAACAAACAGGGCACCAUCAACGCGUGGCAAGCUAAGUACUGUGACAUGAGCCAGUGGCUUCAGGUGGAGCUGCCCAAGAAAAAGAAGAUCACAGGCAUCAUAACACAGGGAGCCAAAGCUCUGCAGAAGGAGAUGUAUGUCAUGACCUACGUCCUGCAGUACAGUGACAAUGGGAUACAAUGGAACAAGUACACAGAUACAGAUGAUGAGAUGAGAAAUUUUUCUGGAAAUAAACAUCACAAUGACUAUGUGAGGAACUACAUCCACCCUCCCAUUUUCUCCCGCUUCAUCCGAAUCAUCCCCACAAGCUGGAUGACCUCCAUCACCUUGAGAUUAGAGCUACUGGGGUGUGACUUUGAGUGA